AAACUCUUGGAGUCAUCAGAGAUGAGGGUUCCUAAGGCCAAGCUUAGGAAAGCCACUACUGCUGCAAGCCAUUAUGAGGGUGGAAAAGCAGCCUACACCUUGACUAGCAAGCUUGCUGUGCUCAUUUUCAGUACUGAAGAGCUUGCCCAGUCCAGGGGUCAAGGAAUUCGGGAUGCAAAAAAGGGUGACAUCAGACCUGUGCUGGAUCAUGAUAAAUUGGAUGUUUUGAAAGAAUAUGUGAACACCUGGUGUCAGAAGAAUGGAAAAGGCAAGAUGGAAGACAAGUUCUUUAACGAUGCAGUUACAGAAAGGAUCAGUUAUUCAAGAAAACUAAUGAAAAAAAUUCAAAAGAAAUAGACUAUAAUUA